AUGUCGACGAAACGCGAGGCAGGAGUCGUCACUCGCGCGGAACAGUACCGCCCUGGGAUUAACAUGCCGGAAGGUCCGGACUCGGACUUGAACAAAUGGUCGAGGAAAAUCACGCAACCGAAAUCGCAAGGCGCGUCUCAAGCCAUGCUCUACGCGACUGGAUUGACCGAAGCGGAUAUGAACAAACCGCAAGUUGGAAUUUCCUCGGUCUGGUGGCAAGGGAACCCGUGCAACAAACACUUGCUUUUGUUAGGGAACGAGGUGAAGAGAGGCGUCGAAGCGGCUUCGAUGGUCGGGUAUCAGUUCAACACGAUUGGUGUGUCCGACGGGAUUAGUAUGGGUACGCCGGGGAUGUCUAUGUCGUUGCAAUCGAGAGACUUGAUUGCGGAUUCCAUCGAGACGGUUAUGGCCGGGCAAUGGUACGACGCGAACGUGAGUUUGCCGGGAUGCGAUAAGAACAUGCCAGGGACGGUUAUGGCGAUGGGGAGAAUUAACCGACCGUCGUUGAUGGUUUAUGGCGGUACGAUUCGACCGGGUAUUUCGCAGUUGGAUGCGAGUAAGUCGUUGGACAUCGUGUCGGCGUUUCAGAGUUACGGUCAGUUUGUGACGGAUGCGAUUACCGAGGAUGAAAGAAAGGAUAUCGUGAGAAACUCGUGCCCAGGCGCCGGGGCGUGUGGUGGUAUGUAUACCGCGAAUACCAUGGCAUCUGCUAUUGAGGCUUUGGGGAUGACGUUGCCGUAUUCGAGUUCAAUCCCGGCGGAAGAUCCGUUGAAGAUGGACGAGUGUUUCUUAGCCGGGAACGCGAUUAAGCACUUGUUGGAGAUUGAUUUGAAACCGAGAGAUAUCAUGACCAGAGCUGCUUUUGAAAACGCGAUGACCAUUGUUAUUGCCCUCGGUGGUAGUACGAAUGCGGUGUUGCACUUGAUUGCUAUGGCGCACGCGUGCGGAAUUACUUUAACUUUGGAUGAUUUCCAAGCCGUGAGCGACAAGACGCCGUUUAUUGCGGAUUUGAAGCCGAGUGGGAAGUACGUCAUGGAAGAUGUGCACAAAGUUGGUGGCACUCCGGCGGUGUUGAAGUAUCUCAUGGCGAAUGGCUUGAUUGAUGGUUCGUGCAUGACGGUAACAGGUAAGACGUUGGCGGAAAAUUUACAAGCCUGUCCAGAUUUGAAGGAAGGGCAAGAUGUGAUCGUGCCGUUGGAUCAACCGAUUAAGAAGACUGGACAUUUACAAACGUUGUACGGAAACAUCGCCCCGGAUGGUUCGGUGGCAAAAAUCACCGGCAAGGAAGGUUUGUACUUUAAAGGUACUGCGAUUUGCUUCGAUUCCGAGGAGGAGAUGCUCCAAGCAUUGGCCGCAGAUUCGAAGCAGUUUGUUGGUUCAGUCAUCGUCAUUCGUUACGAAGGUCCAAAGGGUGGUCCGGGUAUGCCAGAAAUGUUAACCCCGACGUCUGCGAUCAUGGGCGCUGGCUUAGGGAAUGACUGCGCGUUGAUUACGGACGGGAGAUUUUCAGGCGGCUCACACGGUUUCGUCAUCGGUCACGUCACGCCAGAAGCGCAAGAAGGCGGUCCGAUUGGUUUGAUUGAAAACGGAGAUGAGAUUGAAAUCGACGCGGAAAAGAGAACGAUGAAUGCAUUGAACGUCACGGAAGCGAUGUUUGCUGAGAGAAGAGCCAAGUGGACAGCGCCACCUUUGGAAGCGACGAGCGGGACGUUGUAUAAGUAUACCAAAUUGGUGGCGAGCGCGUCCAAAGGUUGCAUCACAGAUCUGUAA